AUGGACUUUUUUUUAUCAUUAGGGGAUCACUAUCGUUUUCUGUUUGGAAAGUAUGCAGGAUGGGCACAGUCGGUAAUCAUUUGUUUUGCUUGUUUGUUUGUUUUUUCCUUUUGUAUAUGUGAAUAAACAAGCAGCAAUGAUUUAUCAAGCUUAAAAUGUGAGGUGCUGCAGUCUGUUUUAGAUAUUAAUGCCUUGAAAAUCUCUCUGCUUGAUCAGUUCUUUUUUCCAACUUUCAUUGGGAUUUGUCCAGUGUUUUUGUUUUGUCUUGUUUCUUGUUUGUUUGUUUUUUAAAUUAAAGUCCAAGGCCAUUGCAUACCUCAAUCGUUUUUGACCAGCUGCAAAAUUAAUUUUGGCUCAGUUGUAGCAUUAUUUUUCCUCUAAGUUGCCUAGAACUUGAAAUCUUCUAUUUUGAUGCCUUUAAGAUAAAACUUGCUCAUUCAACUCCCAAGGGCCGUAACGAUGAUUUAUGUCAGUUUGCUUCACUCCUAACAGUUCUUAAAGAAAAAACAAUUCAUGGCAAGUCAAGUUAUUUUUAAUUGCAAGGCCAACUGCCUCUCAUGGUAAACACAUUUUGCUUGUUUUUUUGCCUCACUUGCUUACCAGAAACACCAGGGUUUGUACAGGGGGUAGGCAUACGUGCAAAUGCUGUCGUCGUGACUAACAUUUCCACAUUGAUAAGUUGUCUUACCCAUGGAGUUACUUUUGCGUGUGCGCUCUACUAGCAAAAUAAUAAAUGUUCUGGUCAAUUCUUCCAAACUCAAACAUUUUGGUAAAAACAAGCAAAAGCCAUCCCUGUUUUGCAGAGUAAUUAUAUUCAUGCUGGCUCAAUCUGUUUUAUUGGCAGGUUCUUUUUACAUCUCAUUUAAAGAAAUUUGAAACUGAAAACCUUGAAAUAAAACGAAAAAAGCGGUCUAAAUCUAAUAAGGUAAGCGCUUGCAACAUUACUGAGUAAAACAUAGUAAAAUAAUUAAAAAUGGCCCAUAAAAGACACAUGCAUAAGUGCAGGCGCAAUCAUAACAUUUUAUAUAUUUUUUGUUUUAUUUUUUUUGUAGGCUUACAUUGACUUGACAUAAAACUCUUAUUCUUGCUUACUCUGGGGAGCAUUUGGAAACAAUAGUCUAUGCAAAUUUAGGGAGCAAACGGAGUGUAUUAUGAGGGACUCGAAAAUAGAAAAUUAAAUCGAUUGAACUCAAAAACUUCCAGAAAGAUAAUUUUUAAAAUUACUCAAACUGAUAAUUUAUGUGGGAUAUGUGGUAAAAUCUCUUUUUUUAACCCUGUUCAAACAAAGGCACGCUCGUAGUGAAUCUCUGCAAUGCACUGCAAGUUGACUAUGCACUAAUCGAGCCUCACUCCCAAAGACCAAUUCUAUUGGGCAAUUUAAAAGGGAAAUUAACCGUAAAACUGUAGUAAAAACAGUAGUAAAGUGUUAAUUAUACAAACUAUACUGCAUUCAAGCAUAAUUAUUUAAAAUAUGACUUAUCUGACUUAGCAUCAUAUUUAACGAGUUUCAACAACAUUCACGUUGUGUUGUCGGUAUUGUAUUGGGACCUUAAGCAAAGUACGAAGAGGACGGUGGCGAAAACGUUCCGUAAAAAGUGAAUUUACGCCGUUUUAAAAUUCAUUGCUCUUAUUCCAUGUCAUUCAAUUUGUCAGAUGUUAGUGAAUUUUUCUGAAGUUGAAUUCUAAAAGCUGUAUCUGACUUUGAAAAAAAGAAAGAGAAGAAAAUCGUUGUUUUGUGUUCACUUGCUCCACAAAACGUGAAGUUAGGCAUUUUCAUGUUGUGGUCUUGCAAGGACGGCAGAGAAAUGUACAAAAAAGCGGGAUGCAAGUGCAAAGGUUUGUUUUGCUAAUCGAAACCUAUUGCUAUUAUGUUGUUCCCAUUGCGGUCGUCGUCGUCGUGUAGGUCGAACAACAAUUGAUGGUUUUCUUUUUGAGCCAAAACUUUAGAGAAAAGCUUAUUUGUCGUUCACAAUGACCUGUCCGUUCUGCCAGUUCUGACUUCUGUAAGCGCACUUAGUGUAGGGAAUAUUCGAAAAAUGAAUUUUGUGUUUUCUACGUCCAUAGCAUAAUUAUAAUUUCAUGAUUUGUUUUUUCUACAGAGAAGUGUGGAAACAGAAUCCAAUUCAAUGAGCAGCCCUCAGCCGUCAACAGCAAAGAAACGAAAAUGUAAAUAG